CACAUAUAUAUAUAUAUAUAUAUAUAUAUUAAUAUGUGAAUGUGUGUGUAGUCAUUUCUUUCAUAAGGCAUGUGUAGAGCCAUGGUUGAUGGAGCACAGAACCUGCCCAAUGUGCAAGUGUGACAUUCUCAAAGCCCUUGGAGUAGAGACAGAGUCUGAGGAGCAGCCCAUGCCGAGCGUCACUUCUGAUCUGCGUUCGUUUCCCAGCAGCACUGAGGAGAUGAACUCUGACCCCGAGUCACACACUGAUCCUGCUGCUUCUGGAUAUGAAUCUCUGCAAGCAGUGGAGCAGCCUGGCCGUCCUGAUCACACACACCAAGGUUUGGAGGCAGUGUGUGUGGACGUGCAGCCGCACUACGAUAACCCCGCCUUUGAGAAUGAAACUCGCAGCUAGGAGAUGAGCAAAACACACUGUGACACACACACACACACACACACACACAUUCCUAUAAACAUACAUUUACAUUCACAUGUUUGGGUUAAAAGAAAUGCAGUUAAUUUCAUUUCUCUGUGUGAGUAAAUUAAUUAAUGACCUCAUUCCAUAUUUAAUGAAAGGAUACUGAGCUCUCUUCCCUAUAUUUCUGAUUUGUGUGUGUGUGUGUGUGUGUUUGUA